AUGGAGAAGCUCCCGCCGAGUACGCUCCUCAAAUUCAAUCCGAACCAAAUGAACGAAGUACGCAAAGCCUUCAAUCUCGAUGAUUUAAAAAAACUGGAACAAGCACUCGACCACUUCGAGGACUGGAUUAAAAUGCAAAAUCAUUUCGCUGUGAAAGAAUUCGAUAGAGACUACCUUGAACGAUUCCUGAUAGCUAAUAAGGGUUCCGUUGAGAUUGCCAAAAAACGCCUCGACAAAUUGUGCACAUUACGAACCAUGAUGCCCGACUUCUUAAGGAACUUUGACGUGACAAAUGAGCUACCUCGCAUGAUUAAAUGGAUGCACGCGUGUGUUUUGCCCCAACCAACUAAAGACAACUACAGAGUACUAGCAACAAUGGUACAUGACCCUGAAGCCGUCGACUAUAUUGACUUCAUCGGUUAUUACAGAUUUUAUAUAUCGAUAGUAGAAUACCUAUUCAAAUAUGAUUAUAAUGCUGGCUACGAAGUAAUUUUUGAUACAAGGCAAUUUUCACUUAGUGUCGUGUCAAAGCUAAGUCCAAUUGCUGUGAAGAACUGCACUACUAUCUUUCUGGAAGCACUGGCCUUCCGGCUCAAACGCUUGCACAUCAUCAGCGGCUCCAAAUUAUUUGACUUCGUGAUGUCCAUAAUCAAGCAAGCGUUGACAGAGAAACUUGUGAAACGUAUCGUGAUCCACGACGACCCAAGCACGCUACAGCAGUACAUACCCAAGGAAAUGCUACCAGUUGAUUUUGGUGGAACGGAAACUAGUAUGAAAGAGUUAUGCGAAGCAAAUGUCAACGAAUUCUGCACUGAAGAGCACAUAGCGCGCCUGAAAAAAAUGGAGGCAGCUGUUUCGGACGAGUCCAAGAGACUAUCCUAUAAGUUCAAUGAGGAACACCUGGGUUUACCUGGAUCUUUUAAAACCUUAUGUGUAGAUUGA